AUGCAUCAUUACGAUGCCCCUCACAGUCAUGGGGCCAUUGACAGCAACCCCUCUUUUACCCCUUCUUUUAAUGACUCAAACAAUGACAAUCGCUUGCCAUCAGUGGCAGAUCCGCAUUCUGCAGAUGUCUACCGGGAUCAUCCCAUGUUGGCCACUCAACCCAAAACUUCUUGUGAGCCAAUAGGCUAUGAUGAGAGAGAAGACCGAAUAUACGAGUUGAUUGUCUGCCAACAACCGCUCCAUGCGCGUAUGUGUGGAUUUGGUGAAAAAGACCGACGUCCAAUCGACCCUCCGCCUAUUGUUCAAUUGGUUGUACAGCAGGGUGGCAGUAGAGGUCCAGUAGAUGUCCAAACACUUCAGGCACCAUUCUUUGUGCUCCAUGUUACUCUUUGGUCUGACGAUCGUAAAGAAGAGCGAAAUAUCAUUUCGAACCCACCCAAAUGCACCAGAGUUCUUAUGGGCUCACUUGUCAGCUCACCUAGUCUAUUAAAGAACACGGAAGGAGAACAAGGGCUGUAUUUUGCAUUCCCCGAUCUUAGUAUUCGUACCGAGGGGCGUUAUACGCUUCGGUUUAGUCUAAUGAAAUUAGUGAGCUCUGAUUUUCAGACCAAUGCCAAAUCAAAAAUCAUUGCUCAAGUUUUUUCAGAUCCAUUUACGGUCUAUUCUGCUAAAAAGUUUCCUGGGAUGACAGAAUCUACUGAACUAUCAAAGACAUUCGCUAAACAAGGCCUCAAAAUACCCAUUCGAAAUGAUGUGAGAACAAAAAGAACAGAUUAA